AUGUAUCUCCUGGCGCUGAUGUUCGGGAUUCUGCUUCUACCUGAAGCCUCCACCCUGAGAUGUCACGAGUGUACAGCGGAUGCCUUGGGAACGUGCACGCCAACAGUCAAAGAAUGCCCUGAACAGUGUGCUGCAAUGAGAGAAGUUAGAUACGCAGAUGGUGUAAAACAUGUUGAUCAAAUCUCAAAAGGAUGUGCUGUGGCUGAAGACUGUGUCGAGCACUCGAUCAACAAUGGAUUUUCCCAAAACAUAAUUACCACCAAGUGUUGCACCACUCCGCUCUGCAACCAAGAUCUGCUGCCUCCAGAACCCCAGUACAAACCAAACGGUAAACAGUGCUACUGGUGCAAUGGACGAACGUGCACCAACACCCUAAACUGUGAGGGGAACGAGGACUACUGCAUCUCAGUAAACACAGGACUAAGCGUGAUCAAGGGUUGUCUGACCAAGGAUUUCUCCGGUAUGUGCACCCACGGACUCCCAUACAGCUGUUGUCAGGGGAACCUCUGCAACGGAGCCAUCAGCAGCAGCAGUGCUGGCCUGGUGCUGCUGGUCGCCCCGCUGCUCUCUUUGCUCGUGACCUCUUAUUAACUCCUGGAGACGCUGGAACUAGAGCUGCACCAUAUGAGGAAAAUAUGUAAUUGAGCAAAUAUGUAAUAUGUUAGCAGCAAGCAUUUUGUUCCCAAAUGUCUUAGACUAGCUAUAUUUCUGUCAGUUAAAGCUAUAGGGCACACACACAGACACACAAACACACACACACACACA